GUCCUCCUUCCUUGUCUUUUCCCCUCAGGAGAAGUCGGGAAGGUGGCGGCGGCGGCGGCGGUUGUCCCAGCCGGGCCGGUUGGUGUGGCCCGUCAGCCCACGCUCCGCAGCGUCCGCGCCGCGCCCAGCCCAGUCGAGUCCCGCCGCGGCGGCCGGGUCCGGCGCGGGCGGCGCGCGCUGACGGAGGGCGGCGGCCGCGGCCAGGGCGGCCGGUGGGACCGCGGGUCCCCGGCGCAGCGCCGCCCGGCUCCCGGCCCUGCCGGCCUCCUCUCUCGGCGCCGCAGCCAUGGCGGCCAGCGCGAAGCGGAAGCAGGAGGAGAAGCACCUGAAGAUGCUGCGGGACAUGACCGGCCUCCCGCACAACCGAAAGUGCUUCGACUGCGACCAGCGCGGCCCCACCUACGUGAACAUGACGGUCGGCUCCUUCGUCUGUACCUCCUGUUCCGGCAGCCUGCGAGGGUUAAAUCCACCACACAGGGUGAAAUCCAUCUCCAUGACAACAUUCACACAACAGGAAAUUGAAUUCCUUCAAAAACAUGGAAAUGAAGCACUGAGAAAACAGAUAGUGGCGAAUCGGAGAGAAGGUUCCUGCCACGUGAAAUUUACAUUUAGAAGUGAGAUAAAGGUCUGUAAACAGAUUUGGCUAGGAUUAUUUGAUGAUAGAUCUUCAGCAAUUCCAGACUUCAGGGAUCCACAAAAAGUGAAAGAGUUCCUACAAGAAAAAUAUGAAAAGAAAAGAUGGUAUGUCCCACCAGAACAAGCCAAAGUGGUGGCAUCAGUUCAUGCAUCUAUUUCAGGGUCCUCUGCCAGUAGCACAAGCAGCACACCUGAGGUCAAACCACUGAAAUCUCUUUUAGGAGAUUCAGCACCAGCACUGCAUUUAAAUAAGGGCACACCUAGUCAGUCCCCUGUUGUAGGUCGCUCUCAAGGGCAGCAGCAGGAAAAGAAGCAGUUUGACCUUUUAAGUGAUCUUGGCUCAGACAUCUUUGCUGCUCCAGCACCUCAGUCAACAGCUACAGCCAAUUUUGCAAACUUUGCACAUUUCAACAGUCAUGCAGCUCAGAAUUCUGCAAAUGCAGAUUUUGCAAACUUUGAUGCAUUUGGACAGUCUAGUGGUUCGAGUAAUUUUGGAGGUUUCCCCACAGCAAGCCACUCUUCUUUUCAGCCCCAAUCUACAGCAUUUAGAAUGCUUUCAUCUAGCUGCAGUUUUGGUGAAUUUACUUCAGCUUUUCCUCUCCAGGCUUCCAACAGUGGAAGUGCUGGAUCAGUAAAUGCUAAUUUUGCUCAUUUUGAUAACUUCCCCAAAUCCUCCAGUGCUGAUUUUGGAACGUUCAAUACUUCCCAGAGUCAUCAGACAGCAUCAGCUGUUAGUAAAGUUUCAGCGAACAAAGCUGGUCUACAGACUACAGACAAAUAUGCGGCACUUGCUAAUUUAGACAAUAUCUUCAGUGCCGGGCAAGGUGGUGAUCAGGGUAGUGGGUUUGGGACCACAGGUAAAGCUCCUGUUGGUUCUGUGGUUUCAGUUCCCAGUCAGUCAAGUGCAUCUUCAGACAAGUAUGCAGCCCUGGCAGAACUGGACAGCGUUUUCAGCUCCGCGGCCACCUCCAGUAACGCAUAUUCUUCCACAAGUAAUGCUAGCAGUAAUGUUUUUGGAACAGUGCCAGUGGGUGCUUCUGCACAGACACAGCCUGCUUCUUCAAGUGUGCCUGCUCCAUUUGGAGCUACACCUUCCACAAAUCCAUUUGUUGCUGCUGCUGGUCCUUCUGUGGCAUCUUCUACAAAUCCAUUUCAGACCAAUGCCAGAGGAGCAACAGGCCUUUCUGGAGCAAUGCAUUCUCAAGUGUUUCCUCACGCUCAUUUUGCGGCGACCUUUGGCACCGCAUCCAUGAGCAUGCCUGCGGGGUUCGGGACUCCUGCUCCCUACAGUCUUCCCACCAGCUUCAGCGGCAGCUUCCAGCAGCCGGCCUUCCCAGCCCAAGCAGCUUUCCCUCAACAGACAGCUUUUUCUCAGCAGCCCAAUGGUGCAGGUUUUGCAGCAUUUGGACAAACAAAGCCAGUGGUAACCCCUUUCGGUCAAGUUGCAGCUGCUGGAGUAUCUAGUAAUCCUUUUAUGACUGGUGCACCGACAGGACAAUUUCCAACAGGAAGCUCAUCAACCAAUCCUUUCUUAUAGCCUUAUAUAGACACUUUACUGGAACGAACUUUUACAUGGUCACAUAUUACAUCUCUCCGCCUCUUGCACUGUUGUCUUGUUUCACUGAUCUUAGCUUUAAACACAAGAGAAGUCUUUAAAAAGCCUGCAUUGUGUAUUAAACACCAGGAAAUAUGUGCAAAACAGAGGGCUCCAGUAACAACUUUUAACCUGUGAAUUGGCAAAAAAAGUAGCGGUAUCAUGUAUAUUAAAAAUUGGCUAAUAUUAAGUUAUUGCAGAUACCACAUUCAUUAUGCUGCAGUACUGUACAUAUUUUUCUUAGAAAUUAGCUAUUUGUGCAUAUCAGUAUUUGUAACUUUAACACAUUGUUAUGUGAGAAAUGUUACUGGGGAAAUGGAUCAGCCACUUUUAAGGUGCUGUCAUAUAUCUUGGAAUGAAUGACCUAAAAUCACUUUAACCAUUGCUUCUGGAAAGUUAGAGUCAAAAUUGGAAGGUUUUAUUCAUUCUUGAAUUUUUCCUUUCUAAAGAGCUCUUCUAUUUAUACCUGCCUAAAUUCUUUAAAAAUGUAGAGGGAUACCUGUCUGCAUAAUAAAGCUGAUCAUGUUUUGCUACAGUUUGCAGGUGAAAAAAAAUAAAUACUAGAAAAUAUGCUAUUGUUUUUGUGUUCUUGCUGCAAUGCCUUUACCAAAGUGGCCUUAAAUAUCAGUAGUGAAUUGAGAACAUCUUGAAUUCUUAAAUUAGAAUUUCAGAAGACUUCUAGUGACUAACUUUUAUGUCUAAAAGAGAAAAUUUUAUAAAAAGGCCAUGUAGAAAAUUUAUUAAAACUGCUAUGUUCAGGAAUAUGUCAGUGGUAAAGCAUUUAAAUGUAGCUUGUUAGAUUCACCGCAAUCCUUCUGAUUUCUUUGCAACUUCUUAAUUUUGUGAAAAUUUGUAUAUAUGAAGAAUUUGCAUGUAUGUGUAUUUACAAAAUUUUUAAAGUAUCUUGAAUUCUCAGACUGCAAAAGGCUUAUUUUAACUAUUGAUUUUUUUUUUUUUUUAAUACUGUCUUUGAAUGUAUUGGAAGCAGACAUGCAUUAACUGUGACAUGAUUGCACCUCAGUUUUUUUUUCUUUGUUUGGACAAACUGAUAUUAAUAGGACAUUUGUUUAUGUUCAUUUCUAGGGGGAAAGAAACUGGAACCCAGUGUUACCUUAAAGUUAUAGAAUACUUUGUUUUAAAAAGGCAACAAUACUAAUGUUUAGUUAUAGCUUUAUGUUAAUAUUCAAAUGAACUUGUUUAAAUAUUUAUAUAAUGCCUCAUUCAUCCAGUGAUAAUCUGGCAAUCUCAUCAAAACAGAACACAACUGAGAAACUUGUAAUAGUUUUUUUAAAAAAUGCCUUUGAGCAGCCCAUAUAAGUCACAAUGUCUAUACAUUAGAGCUCAUGCAUUUGUCUUUAUGUGAAGUUUUGAUUAAUAGAUUUCCCAGACCAAAAGAGCAUAUAUUGUCAAAGACCAGUUAGCGUAGGGACAGCCAGCCCAGCUUAGAGGGCAUCAGUAUAUUACAUCUUCUUCUGAUAAUUGUCUAUUACUGUGACUCUGUGUCAUCAAGAAAAGGUGAGAUUACAUAUAUAAAUAUGUGAUACAUGUUUGAAAAACUUUCUUGUAAUGAUUUAAAUUGUUUUUAAAGCUUGGUAUUAAAAGAGGUGAACAUCAGUUUCCUCAAACAUUA